AUGGCGGAGUUGGAAAAUGGUGAUGGGUGUUCUUCCUCAUUUGAUCAUCCUGAUCAAAUUGAUGAAGAAAUGAUAAAGGUCGCUACAUGGUUAGUUGAGCUUUCUAGAGGCUCUUUUAAUCAUAAUAUUGCUGAACCAUCAGAUAAUAAUUCUGUUAUAUUAGAGGAAAAUGUUAAUGAUAUUAAUGAGAAAACUGUUGAUGUAAAAGAGGAGAUUCGUAAUUCUGAAUCUGGGUUUGUAGAAAAUGGUGCUAAGAAGCCUAAUUCUAAAGAUCUUAUUGAUGGGUUUGAAAGAAAUAAUGGAGUUUUAAGGGAAGAUAAUUCUAGAAAGAGAAGAGUUAUUAGGAAGAAUGUUGAUGGGGUUGAUUCCGAUGAAAUUAUAAGGAAAAAGAAAAAGAAGAAGUAUGAGUGUAAUGUGUGCAAAAGGACUUUUAAGUCACACCAAACUUUUGGGCUUCAUAAAUUAAUACAUAGUGAAGAAGAUGGUGAAAAAGUGUCAGAAGAUUCUAAUAGUUUAGAAAAUAAGCCUACUAACACAUUAGGAAUUAAGAGAAUUAAAGUCAUUAAUUUUGGCAUAUCAGAGAAAGAAAAGGAUUAUAAAUGUUCUUUAUGCCCCAGAGUUUUUACGUCGGGUCAAGCAUUAGGGGGUCAUAAGAGAUCACAUUUGAGUGGAGGACGAAUUAAGCUCAAUCUAAAGACCGAUCAGAGGCCAUUUUUAAGAAAGAAAGGGAAAGAUGCUGCAGCUAAUGCAACAUAUUGCAAUGCAUGGAGGGCGUCAAGGAUUUCAUUUGCCUAA